GAGAUUUCCCGCAGUACUUUGUGUCUCUGCCCCUCCCACAAUGGGGAGAUUUCCCGCAGUAGUUUGUCCACUGCCCCUCCCACAAUGGGGAGAUUUCCUGCAGUAGUUUGUGUCUCUGCCCCUCCCACAAUGAGGAAAUUUCCCCCAGUAGUUUGUCUCUCUGUCCCUCCCACAAUGGGGAGAUUUCCUGCAGUAGUUUGUCUCUGCCCCUCCCACAAUGAAGAGAUUCCCCCCAGUAGUUUGUGUCUCUGCCCCUCCCACAAGGAGGACAUUUCCCCCAGAAGUUUGUGUCUCUGCCCCUCCCACAAUGGGGAGAUUUCCUGCAGUAGUUUGUCUCUGCCCCUCCCACAAUGGGGAGAUUUCCCACAGUAGUUUGUGUCUCUGCCCCUCCCACAAUGGGGAGAUUUUCCUGCAAUAGUUUGUGUCUCUGCCCCUCCCACAAUGGGGAGAUUUCCCGCAGUAGUUGGUGUCUCUGCCCCUCCCACAAUGGGGAGAUUUCCCCCAGUAGUUUGUGUCUCUGCCCCUCCCACAAUGGGGAGAUUUCCCUGCAGGGGUGUGUGUGUCUGCCCCUCCCACAAUGGGGAGAUUUCCCUGCAGGGGUGUGUGUGCCUGCCCCUCCCACAAUGGGGAGAUUUCCCUGCAGGGUGUGUCCGCGCUGCCCCUCCCACAAUGGGGAGAUUUCCCUGCAGGGGGGUGUGUCCGCUGCCCCUCCCACAAUGGGGAGAUUUCCCUGCAGGGUGUGUCCGCUGCCCCUCCCACAAUGGGGAGAUUUCCCUGCAGGGUGUGUCCGCUGCCCC